AUGUUUGGUUUCUCGAAAUGGGCCAUUGCCCUCGCCGCUUCAGCGGGUAUCAUGCUGGCUGUUGCAACUGAGGUCCACCCAGGAGGUCCCAGAGACGUUAAAAUCGGCCCCAACAACACCAUCGUCAGUCCUCCUCACUAUAAAGGUGGUCCUCAGAGCGCCAAGCACUCACCCAACGCCGAUGCUUCCCUGGAGUUUGUCAUCUCCAGCAACAUUGCUGGCACCAUCAACUCCUAUGUGACUGCUCUGGAUCCCAACGGUGCCCCCGUCAUGCUGCAGCCUGGCGGUACAUGGUUUUACCCAACCAACCCAAACACGGCUGUUCCACUGGCAAUUGAUGGCGCAACCGUCACUAUCCCACUGAAUAGCCAGGGCCAAACCACGACUUACAGUCUUCCUGGAUAUUGCUCCUCUGGCCGGGUUUGGUUCGCCGUUGGUGAACUCGAUUUCUUCACUGUCAGUGCACCCAAUGGAUCUUUCGCCAUCGUGCAGCCUUCUCAGACGAAUACUCAAGACCCAAGUGCUGGUAUUAACUGGGGAUUUAUUGAACUUACCUACACCGAGAAAGACGGUCUCUACGCCGACGUCAGCUACGUCGACUUCGUGGGCCUUCCUCUUGGUAUGACUCUGACGUUAACCGACGGUACUACUCAAGAAACUCUUGGUCUCAGUUCCGAUGCCGUCACCAGUGUUUGCAGUGACCUACAAGCCCAGGCUGCCUCGGAUGGAAUGCCGUGGGACCAGCUCUGUCAGACAAUAAACGGCACCGUUAUGCGUGUUCUUGCCCCAUACGACUUUGUUGCGAGUGGCGGUGCCGGUUUCGAUGACUACUACAACGACUAUGUUGAUAAGGUUUACAGUAGCUUCACCAGCACGAGCCCCUUGACUAUCGAUACCCAGGGAGCUGCUGGCAACCUGACCUGCACUGGCGAUGGCACAACUCUCACCUGUGAGAAUGAUGAGAUUCCAUACCAGAAGCCUACUAUUGGUGAUAUUUUUGGUUGCAACUCCGGUCCCUUUGCCAACACCGGUAGUGACACUCACAAGGCAAACCUCGCUCGCCUUUGUGCUGCCUUCAACCGAGGUAGCUUCUUCGUUGAUGGUGGCAACGUUCAACCCGGCCCCAGCUCCGCCGAGUACUAUACUACCUCUCCUGCCAACUUCUACUCGGCCAUUGUUCAUAAGUACGAGGUCGAUGGUAAAGGGUACGCAUUCCCGUAUGACGAUGUCAACCCAGCGGAUGAGAAUGCUUCUGGUACUGUUGCUGCUGCCAAUCCUUUAAGUCUCGCUGUGACUGUUGGUGGCCCUAGUACCAACGCUCCCUCUCGCCGAGUUAGCCGUUUCCACAGACACAGUCGCCGCCAUGGUAGCAUCCUUGUCGACAAGUAUAACUUGAAAUAA